AUGUCCAUCGCAGACUCAAACUUCCCCUCCUCGGCCGCCUUCGACGCCAUCAACUCCGCCCUCUCCAGCGACGCAGAACGCAAAGACGCAAUCNAAAAAGGCGGCGCCAUCUUCGCCUUCACCCUCAAAAACACCUCCGGCGCCCAAGAAUCCUGGCACAUUGAUCUCAAAGACAGUGGGAAAGCUGGCAAAGGCACCGCUCCCGAUGGCAAGAAAUCUGCAGUCACAAUGUCGCUGAGCGAUGCCGAUUUUGGCAAACUGGUCAAGGGGGAGGCGAAUGCGCAAAAGCUGUUUAUGAGUGGGAAGCUCAAGGUCAAGGGGGAUGUUAUGAAGGCUACAAAGAUGGAGCCCAUCUUUAAGAAGAUGCAGAACAAGGCCAAGCUCUAG